GGCAUAUUAUACUAUUGUUACUUUCUUGCCCUAGUUUAAAUGUGUUUUUCCUCAUCUGAUUCCAUGUCAUUGUGACAUCACAGUCUCGAUGAUUAUGUUACUCUUUGUCUGCUGUUUCACUCAUUUCUUAUCCCGGCUACAGCAGGCAGCAUCUUAAAAACCGAACAGCAGCCGGUGAGCUGUCAAGUUCGUCUCUGCCGCAAUGUUUAUUUACAUUAAACAUGGAGAUAAUAACCAGUUCCUAGUUAACACCAACUGUCCAACCGUUGUCCUCACUGAAUACAUAAAAACCAGGUUGGGACUUGCUGAGUCAGAGCUUAUAGACCUGUGUGAUGAACGAGGAGUGCUGAAAUUCCUCUUCCUGCCCCAGAAUUCACAGCAAUCUGCUCGUGGACUGCUAAAGGCUAAAGAGUCAUUCAGUGUUUGCAUUAUUAAGCGUACAUCUGAUGGGGCUUAUAACUCGGUCACAUCACUGUUAUCCGGUAUUGACCCUGCUGUAAAAGACACCCUGAAGACUCAGAUUGACAAUCUUGAGAAAACUCGUCUGAAGCAGCUUCAUAUUGUGGAGGCUCGUAUGGCUACAUCAGAGGAAAUCAAUGCUCAGGCUCUGUCCACUAAAACUACUAAAAAGCGCAAGAAAGUUACACAUGCCAGUGCCCCUGAUGAAGAAGUCCAGCGCCACAUGGGGGACAGGAAGAGCAGAAACUGAACAAAAGCCCUCACAUUCAGCAUUCAUACUCAUUCUUAAUGAUGAGUCCCAGUUUAAUUCAUUCAAAUUACAGACGUGUUCAUCAGAAAUGCUGUAUAAUUUUUUUAACUAUUUAUCUUUUUACUAGGUGAUUCAAAUUGCUACAUUGAUUUUAUAACAGAUAAAACUCUGACUAUAUUCUCCAGAAGAAUGGAAGACACAUAGGAAGGAAUUUAAUAAAGCAAUGUUUCAAUGCAAA